CACUGGGGAGUCCCACCAAACACUAAGGAAAUACGUCAUACAACUUUCACAAACUCCUACAGAAAACUGAAAAGAAGGGAAUACACCCCAAUCCCUCUGAAGUCAACAUCACCCCCAAAGACGUUACAAGAAAACUGCAGACGGUAUCCCCCAUGGACAGAGAUGCGAAAAUUCUAAACGAAAUUUUAGCAAAUUAAAUACAAUAAUAUAUUCAAAUGACACUGUAUCAGGAGGAAAAGGGGGUCGUGCUAGGAAUGCAAGGCUGGUCUGACACUGGAAUGUCAAUCAAUGUCACUGAUCAUCUGUCUCUUCCAGCGAAGACGGAUCUCUGCUCAGUCCAUGAUGGAAGAGGGCCGGCGUACUGAGUUAGCCACCAGGGGUCACACCGAGGGAUGGGGCCACACAGGGGGGUCAACGUUUGUCCCUACGUGACCCCCACCGCCGCCUCUCACCACACGCGCGAAUCACUUCCGCCCGGCGCUCAGCCCCACAAUGCCCCGGGCUUCGUUGUGGCCCCGCCUCCGCAUGCUGGUCCCACCCCCUGUGCCGAGUCCUCAGACUUGGAUUGGUCUCUGUGGCUUCCGCGUUUUUUGGUGGGCGGGGCCGCGGACCACCAGUCGCCACGGGGCGGAGCGGAGGUACCCGCGCUGAACUGCCCGGAGUUUGCAAAGUGCGGGCGGGCAUGGAGAAGGCCGCGGCGGACACUGGCUCGUCGACUGGUGGCGGCGGCCCUGCAGGGUUGCUGACUCUAGAGGUGGAGGUGGCAAAGCUUCUUCCCUUCCUGGCUCCCGGGGCGCGGGCGGACUUGCAGGAGGAGGCAGCGCGGCACGUGCUGGCUCUGACCGGCUCGGGGCCCGGCCGGACGCUGCUGGCCAGCCAGGAGGCACUGCUGAGGGCUCUGGUCGACUUGGCGGCGGCCCCGGCCCCGGCCCCUGCCCGAGACGCAGCCCGCGCCCUGGUCAACCUGGCCGCCGACCCCGGCCUGCACGAGCCGUUGCUGGUGGCCGAGCCUGGGCUGCCUGCGCGCCUACUUGGCCUUGCGUUGGAUCCGCAGUGGCCAUGGGCGGAGGAGGCAGCCGCGGUACUGGCCAACCUUAGCCGCGAGCCGGCGCCGUGUGCCUCGCUGAUGGAGGCGCUGACGGCCGCAGAGCCGGGGGAGUCAGGCCUGGAGCGGCUUGUGCGCGCUCUUUGCACUCCGGGCUACAACGCCCGCGCGCCCUUGCAUUACCUGGGGCCAGUGCUCUCCAACCUCAGCCAGCGUCCCGCGGCGCGAGCCUUCCUGCUGGACCCUGAGAGGUGCGUGAUCCAGCGGCUGCUGCCCCUUACCCAAUACCCAGACUCUAUGAUGCGCAGGGGCGGGGUCGUGGGGACGCUGCGAAACUGCUGCUUCGAGCACCGACACCACGAGUGGUUGCUGGGGCCCAAGGUGGACAUUCUCCCCUUCUUGCUACUGCCCUUGGCUGGGCCUGAGGAAUUUUCCGAGGAGGAGAUGGAGCGGCUGCCUGUGGACCUGCAGUACCUGCCUCCAGACAAGCAACGGGAGCCGGAUGCCGACAUCCGCAAGAUGCUCAUUGAGGCCAUCAUGCUGCUGACAGCCACAGCACAGGGUCGGCAGCAGGUGAGGGACCAGGGAGCCUACCUGAUUCUGCGUGAGCUGCACAGCUGGGAGCCUGAGUCCGAUGUGCGGGUGACUUGUGAGAAACUGAUCCAGGUGCUCAUUGGGGAUGAGCCAGAGCAUGGCAUGGAAAAUCUGCUGGAGGUGCAGGUGCCUGAGGAUGUGGAGUGCCAGCUGCAGCGGCUGGACCGCCAGGAGCAGGAGCAGUGCCAGCGGGAGCAGCAGGAGUGGGAGCUGGCUCCGGAGCCACAGGCGGAAGGAGAUGCACCCACCUGAGGUCCCUGCAGCCCCAGCACACCUUUACUAGCCCAUCGGCCCUGGCCUCCCAGACCAGGCCUUCCUGCAGUUGCCUCCAGGCCUUUGGGUUACCUUGCUGGAAGACUGUCCUGCUGAGAAGAAGCAGAGCUACACUUAAGCUCUGGGUUCAUGCUGAGGGCUCUAGGGCUAAUGCCCCUUAAACAUGGGAGGGUUGAGGGCACCUCCCUGUGCCCUGUUGCUUCCAGCAACGAUGCAGCUUGUUCAGAAGAGCACUGUUCAGUCCCAGCUGGCCAGGCCCUGGGGCUCGGCCAGUGGAGCCGUGAGGCACUUCUCAAGCAUGGUGGUGGGGUCAGACAGGAAAACCACAAACUGGAGUGGCCAGCUGGAGCUUUCCAGUGCCAGGAGUGCUACAAGGGUCUGAGCCCAGGCACGCACCUGGUGCCAGCACUGCCCCCUCCUGCCAGUCCCCCCAAGUCCCUCCAUCUGGGCCCUUGGCUUACCCUCAGCCUCAGUGGGCCGACCCCUUGAGACCUUCACUAUCUACAGCCUGUCCUGGGGGUCUCCUAGAGCUGCACCCCACCCAGCCUGCCCUUGGAGCACUGGCUGGGUGCUGCCUCCCCUUCAUCCUCUGCUUUCCCACUUGACCUGUGCCCUGGCUGUGCCUGUAGCCCCGUGUCUGCACCAGACCCCGGUCCUCCGCAGCGCCACCUGUGGUCUCCCUGACUCUGCAGCACCCAAGCUGCCACUGGCAGGCUGUCAGUGUGGCCCCACCCUCCGCGCUCCUCGCCUGGGCCCCCCACCAAACCUAGUGCCGUCUUGGGUGCAGGGCCUGAGUACCGGCCUCCCCCCAGGACCUGUGCUGUAGUGCAGGUUGGCUCCCCAGGGGUUCCCAGUGCCCCUGUUCUUCGUCCUCUGCCCUGUUCCCAAAGUUGGAGGUCUGCUCACUUGUGCUGUCCCAUGGAGGCUGGGUGCUCCAUGGGUGCUCUGCAUCUCCCUCCACAGCC